ACUCUAUGGCAAACUGCGCAAACAGCUGAGAGGCGAGUAUCCAAACAUAGCUUUUAAUGUCAAAAGUGACAAGCACGUAACGUUACAUGGAUGGGCCCGUUCAGGAGAAGUCCGGCCCACCGCUCACCAGCUGUCACACCUGACAACGAGGUGGAACUGUUCAGUACGUGUCGCUGUUUUCACACGGACCAGCAGCAUUCCCAGACAUGGCAACUUGCACGCGGACUGUGUGGAAAGUUUUAGCAGGAUGUCAGAGGCAGCUGCUGAGAGCCGGUGGUCCCGCCCACGCAGGCGUCUCUCAGACUGCACCGAGGAAUCUACCUGUCAGGACUUUCGCAGCUGUCAAGGCACUAAAGAAGGACAAGAAAGAGGACACAGAGAAGGAGGUGAAGAAACAAAAGAGGGUCAUUGAUGACAAAGACAGACAUAAGCCCUACGGCAAGACGGCGUGGGCGCCUGUGGAUGACGUGUACAUUAUGAGGUACUACCCCAGGACGAUCUAUGACGCCGCAGACGCCAUCGACAUGCUGAAGAACUUUCAGGUGUUGGACUUCACUCCCAGAGAGCAGCCUGUUUACAUCGAUCUGAGGCUAAACAUGAAACUGGAGAAAAAGAAAAAAGUGGACUCCUUCGUCAGCACGGUGCACUUACCGCACCCCUUCAAGACACAGAUGAACAAAGUUUUAGUUUUUACUGAGGAUGCUAAUCAAGCUAAAGUUGCCCGGGAGAACGGAGCUGUGUUUGCUGGCGGAGCAGAGCUCAUACAGCCGAUCUUAGAUGAUGAGAUUUCAGCAGACUUCUACAUAGCGGUGCCAGAUAUACUGCCGAAGCUUGUACCGCUGAAAAACAAACUGAGGAAGAAGUUUCCAAAGAGCAAGAGAGGCUCAGUCGGGAUCCACAUUUCCAAGAUGUUGGAGUUGUUUAAAACAGGUCAUGAGUACAUGGUGGAGAGCGACUGCUACAUUAGGACCCAGAUAGCCAUGCUCGACAUGCCCAAAGAACGCAUCUUUGCCAACCUGCAAACGAUCCUGAUUGAUGUUUGCUCCCACCGACCAGCCGAUAUGGCUUUUCAGCCAUCUUCCAUCAAGAUUUACAGCAACUCUGAACUGUUGAAGGCUGUUUACACACUCAUUUGUGCGUGUUUACUGCUGGUUUGUUCUGAGGUCCACUUCCUCGUCAAUAAAGUGUGGGUUUACCUUUGUUUCCAGGAAACAAAACUGGCACCCAUUUUGAUGUAUGCAGGAAAAUUGUGUAGACCAUUGUAUGAGCGGGCAGAACCACAUGCUCAUGGCUGAAGGGGGCAUGACCUCCCAGAAGGGCCGCAGAGACAUUACAGUUAAGCGCCACUUAACAGCUAUUGUCAUAGGAAAAAAUCAUCAAGGCUUGAACAUUGUAUGAAUGUCACUAAUAAUUUUGUCAUAACAUGCACACUUGAAUUUUCUUCCUGUAGAAGAACAGAUUGUGUUCUGACGAAAUGUACCGCAGUUUGUGUAAAACCUCCUCGUUCAGGUUGACUCAAGUACAGUUGCUUGCACCACAGUCAUAUUUGGAUAUUCAGAUCACCAAAUCUUUAUCCAAACGGCUCCCAGAUUUAGACUAAACCUUCUGUGUAAGAGCAUACUAACAUGUGGUGCAUUAUAUCCUAUUGGCCCCCUUUGAAAAUAUCGAGUCUGGUUUUCAUGAUUAUCUUCUCUGUACUUAAAGAAGCACAAAGUGUGGACAAAGCACAAGCAUUAGGCUUUUUAAUGUGAAAUGCAUCACGCACCAUAAACAACAGCAACAAACAGUGGACAAAUCCAUACUGAUAAUCUUGUCUUUAUCUAUUCUUCUGCCCAAUAAAAGAGCUGCUUGCAAAUCGG